AUGGCUCCGGGACACAGUGACCCCAAACUCCUCUAUGCCAUCGAGGGCAUAAAUGCCUACCAAAUCAUCAACGGCAGAGAAGAGUCCCUGACACCCUCGGGCCCCCAGACCCUCUCUCUCCUCAUGGUGCCCACGUCUUCGGGAUUCGCCGACCCGUCCAGCAUCAACACGGAGGAAGACUUCUACCUCCACCUCCACCUCCCUCCCGAGCUCGACCUCCCCAUGCCCGCCACCACCCAGAUCUACCACCAGCCGCCCACGAGCUACCUGAUUCCGCGGUGGGACAUGGGCCCGGACAGCGGCGCCUUCACCCGCAUCCAGUUUCCCUCGGCCACCAGCCGCCCGGGCGUCCAGGAGGACGUCGACACGUUCGAGACCAUCCUCGCCCAGUGCACCGCCUUCCUCGAGCGCGCCCAGGCUCCCCGCGACAACGGCGCAAAGGCCCGCGAGGCAGGCGUCGCAGCCACACCCAGCAGGAAGCAGUCCAAGUCCGAGGUCGCCGUGGCCAAGGCCCGUGAGGCUGCGGGUGAGGAGCUCCCGCCAUACAACCCCGGGGACUAUGGCCCCGGGGAGGCAUACGUUGGAGGCACGAGCAGCUCGCGUGGGCCCGGGGGUCAGAUCGUCCUGGUCAACGAAGAGGAUGGCAGCGUCAUCGGCGAGCUGGGGGAGGGCUUCAACGUGGUCGAGGACAACAAGGUUAAGCAUGGAACCAAGGAUCCCGUCGUGGUCACCCUACCCGAGGAUGGCAGCCACAACAUUGCCAUCACCCCUGCGGACGAAUCCUACGAGGGGAGGCACAUGCACCCGGCGUACAAGAAGUCGACGCUGGUCUCUGGUGCCACCAGGGCGUCGCAGCUCCUCAUCACCACCUCGGACAUGGUGACGCGGGGACUCCAGGCGGGGGCCGACAGCUUCACCAAGUCGACCAAGCGGCUGGAGCCGGUGACGUUCAACCCCACGACUCACGACCACAUCCGACGCAUAAACACCUUCUCCACCAAGGCCGCCGGCCUGUCCGCGGCCACGGUCGGCGCCGUGGCCAAAUACGCCCAGAACUUUGGCGCCAACAUAACCCGGCGCAAGGAUGGCGGCACUCGCGGCUACGACAAGGACGGCAACCCCAUCGACUCGUACAAGCCCGGCGUCCUGAACAAGAGCCUCAUGGCCUUCAACACGGUCAUCGACGGCGCCGAGCAGGCCGGCCGCAACAUACUAGUCGGCACGUCAUCCAGCGUAACCACCAUGGUCGGGCACCGCUGGGGUCCCGAGGCCGGCACCGUGGCCGACCACCUCGGCGGUGGAGUCAAGAACGUCGGCCUCGUCUACAUAGACGUCACGGGCGUGUCUCGUCGCGCCAUCAUCAAGAGCGUCGCCAAGGGCAUGGUUGUCGGAAACGUAAAGGGAGGAGGACAGGUCAUCGUCCGCGGAAGUACCGAUAGCCCUUCCGAUGGCCGAGCUGGGCCGUCGAACGCAUCGACGCCAGGAGCAGCAGCAGCAACAGUACACGGCGACAAUGACAGUCUCUACAGUGACGGGCGCAGCUCGACAAGAAAGGGCAAAACGCCGUACUAG